AUGUCACUGAACUGCUCAGACCCUCGGUCACAUCCUCGGUCAACAUUAACUUCCAUGCAUUAUUUUACAUUCAUUUGUUAUUCCAUUUGCUUCUGUUUCGCAUUUAUCGGUAAUGGUACGAUGUUUCUCAUUUUGAUCAGGAACCAACGUGUCAAAGUUCGUCGAGUAUAUACGUUAUUGCUGCAUAUGAAUAUUGCACAUCUUAUUGUUACAUUAAUUUAUAUGCCGAAAGAAGUAAUACAUAGCAUAACAGUCGCUUGGUGGGGCGGUGAUUUCCUCUGCAGAAUGUGCAAAUUUUUCGACAAUUUUGGCAAUAGCUUAGCGGCAAAUAUGUUAAUUUGCAUAAGUCUCGAUCGAUUUUAUUCAAUAUUUUCGCCUUUGUAUACAUUAAAUGCCAAAAAAUCAGUACAAUGGAUGAUAACGAUCGCCUGGAUUGUCAGUUUCUUGAUAAGUGUUCCCGCGGCUGCCAUAUUCCGCACAUCAUUUCAUCCAUGUGCAGAAUGGUUUACACAAUGUGUAUCAGGUGAUUUCAUCGGCGCUGUAUCACAUAAUGCUGUUUUCGCUUAUACGGUAGCUAAUCUUACACAGGUUUCCUUAUUACCGCUAAUAAUAACGGUUGCCUGUUAUUCGUUUAUAUUAUAUAAAAUCUCUUCCAAAACUGAAGCUGAAAUACUUGAAACGCAAUCGAGUUCAAGGCCUACUAAUUCCUCAAGAACGAGGCUACGAAGUUCUGUUGAAACUUAUAGUCGUGCCAAAAGUAGAACGUUGAAGAUGACAUUUGUGGUAGUAUUUGCGUUUCUGUUGUGCUGGACACCUUAUGCUGUUGCUUCAUUAGUUCAUUUCACGAUAAAACCAAGCCCCAUACCGGCUAUUAUUCGAAAAUUGCUCUACACAUUUGCUGUAUUUAAUUCUGCAAUUUCACCAUACCUUUACGGCUAUUUUUCGUUCGAUCUUAAAAAGGAAUUAUUACUGCUAGCUAAAUGUUCCAACAUUGAUGCAUUUGAGAAAGUGCCAGUUUUCCUUCCUGAAUCCACCAUACACAAAAGAAACUUACUGAAGCAAGCAACUAACUCAUUUCAAGGUUCAUCUGAUGAUCAACAACUUUUAGUUUCAAAAGCAACAGGUGAAAGAUUUAUUACAAGUAGAAGAAGUUACAGUUCAACCGCAAAGGAUCAUUGA